AUGGCGGAGCGGAACGUUUUGGAGGCAGACUUUUGCCAGGAUGCGGGGCCGCGAUCCGUGGUUUCUCGCUAUAUCAACCCGAUAAGUGCUCUCCAGCUCGCCACCCGACUUUCUUCUCUCGUCCCGACAGCACGAACCGAUUCCGAUCGCCUUGCCCCUCUCCCUCCCCUGUGCGGCCUCAGCCUCGGGCCUAGUCCGUCUCCGCCUUCUCCGGCACUUCUCCGCAGACGAUGCUCCCCCGAACUCGUUGACGGCAAGACGGCAAUGGACGACCUGACUUCCACCCCCACGCAGCAGAAGCGCCCACGCGUGGCCGAGGAGAAUCGCAAACGAGCUGUCCGAGCAUGCGACGGCUGUCGCAGAGUGAAAGAGAAAUGCGAGGGAGGUGUACCGUGUCGCCGAUGUCUUCGUUAUCGCCGACAAUGUAACUUCACACAUAUCGACCCCAAUGAAAAGACUCGAUCGACGUCCGUCUCGUUGUUGGACAAAGCGGCUUCGCUUAACCGACAUGAAAUUGCGGAAGCAGAGCGUGUACACUGUAUGGAGCGACUCCUUUCAUAUUAUGUUCCCGGCAUCACUUUCGAUAUUCAGUCGCUUCGCCAGGCUGCGGAGGAUUUGAAGAACAAACACCGCGACUCUGAGUCAGACGCUAUAUCGACCAAGGCGGAUGCCAAUGAGCUUGAAGAUUUGGCGAUUGACGAUGAAGACUUCAUGAUUAAAGCUCUUCCAGAUAACACAACCCAAUAUUCCGGAGAGUUUUCUUACCUGAACUUCUCCAUGAAGAUUCGGAAGAAGAUUGACGAGUGGAUGAAAACGGCGGCACCAGACGCGUCUUCUGAAGUUGAGCCAUUCGAGGAAAGGUGGCGGUCCACACAACUCCAGUCAGGGUCAUCUCUUGUGUCAGCGUCAAUCACAUGUCUACCACCACGCUAUGUGGCCGACUUCCUCGUGCAGAUAUUCUUUAAAUACGCACAAACCAAUAACUUCUACGUGGAGGAAGACUGGCUCCGCGACAAACUAAACAUCUGCUAUACGAACCCAUCUAGUCUCUCAACUGAUGAUUCAGGUGCUGUCUGUUCGAUUCUGAUGGUUCUGGCUGUUGGCACACAGUUUGCACAUAUGGAAUCAUCGACGCCAGUGAAUAUUCCACCGUCUGAUGCUAAUCAAGAUCACCAUUUUUCUGAAGACGAGGUCGGCUUAACCUUCUAUCAGUUUGCGUCGAAACUAUUACCGGACAUCAUUGCCACGGCUUCUGUGAGGAGUGUGCAGGCUUGCUUACUGAUUGGAACAUACCUACUUCCUUUGGAUACAUCUGGGCUGUGCUACACGUACUUCGGUCUAGCACUCAAACUCGCCAUCCAGAAUGGUAUGCAUCGUCGAUAUCACGGAGAAGGUCUCUCUCCUCGAAUGUUAGAGACAAGGAACCGCGUCUUUUGGACUGCUUAUACCAUUGAGAAGCGCAUUAGCAUUCUCCAUGGCAGGCCUUCAUCACUCUCUGAUGCCGACGUCGACGCUGCGUUCCCUGUUGACUUCCCUGGAAUCAUGCCCGCUUCACAACAAUCAAAUCACACCAACAUGGUGGCAUUGAUUACUCUAACGCUGAAACUCGGGGAAGUCUCUAAUGAGAUUUCUCUGCUCCGAACGGCCCGAAAAGGUCAACAACAGGAUUGUCUUGAGCGAUUACUCAACAUCCGAAAACACUUGAUUGAUUGGUGGUCUACCUUGCCCGAAGAAACAAAUUGUCGAGAUCUCAACCCCGGUGGACCAUUGUUCCGAUCCAAUGUGCACCUGAAACUCGAUUAUUGCUUAACCCGAAUCUUCAUCGGUCGUCCGUUCUUGUUCAGCAGUUUAAAAGGUCUGUAUCAGACACCUGUCACACCUUUCAAAGGCCCUUCGGGUGUUUCUAAGAACCGCGCCACCCUUGUUACGGACUGCGUUGAGGCAGCCCUUGAGAUCAUUGACCUCUGUCGCCUUCUCCGAGAUGAAGCCGGUCUUGCCCGAGCCUCAUUCACCGAAUUCAGCUCAUGUCGUGCUGCCCUUCUCGUCAUCCUAGCCCAAGGAUUGACCAAGCGUACCGAACGACUUGGAGCAGCUCUUGAGCAAGGCAUUUCACUGAUCAAGAUCAUGUCCAUGGGCGUCGGUUCUGCUCGCUCCGCUGUCAGCGUCAUCGAAGCACUUGAACGCGCCAUCCGUCGACUCGAAUUAUGGAGUGAGAGUCAACAAGCCCAAAGCAACGGAAGCGGUUCGGAGUCUGCAUACGAUCGUUUUAAGAACUGGGAAAUGCUCUGGAAGACCGGACCCGUUUCACCAUCCACAAUGGCCUGGAAACAACAAGAAGCAUUUGAAAAUGACUCUGUCAUGCAGCAAAGUGCGCCCUCCCAAGGCCCUGGUGAUCCGUCCGCGGCUGAGGCCAUUGUUCACGGCAUGUCCGUCACACCUCCGAAUAUCCCGUUGCCCAACACGAAUGGCUCUGAGCCUACCAUUGGCGCACCCGAGGAGAUUUUGGAAGGCGAUAUUCCUUCUGCUUCGGACAAUUUCUCCAUCUCGCAUCAGUCUCUUUCGCAGAUGCCGCAUUUCGGGUUCGAUCACUUCGUCUCGAACUUCCCGCAGGAGCUGGGCGAGUUCACUGCCAUUCCCUGCUUUGAGCCUGAUGCUCAAGGGAAUCCAGGUAUGGUUCCCGCAGAUCUCAAACCUCCUGGGAGUGCGGAUUCGCAUUGGCUGCAGUUUAUGAAUGAGUGA